UGCGUUUCACCGGAAACGCAGGACCUGAAGAAGAUAUUUCUUUUACCAAUAAUUAAACUACACCGUAAUAAUUAAAGCAGGUACUCUACUUCUGAUUGCAGAUACCAAACUUUUCUGGAGCGACACAUAAUAGUAAACACGCAUGGCAAUAUUACACAGAAAAAGAUGAGACGACAAACAGAGGAUGCGUUAGUGGCAAAUCCUUUUGGCCUCGGGGUAGAACGUUGGGCGGUACCGGAUCCAUUAAUGGCCUACUUCAUAUGAAAGAACUUCGAAAGCACCACGGAGCAGAUGGAGAAUUUAUAGUUGAUCAACUGAAUUGUUUUCAUACUGAAUUUGUAGAAACACUUACCAUGGCAUACAAAGAUUUAGGUUUAAAAUAUUUGGAUGAUCUGAAUGGGCCUAGUCAAAUGGGAUUUGGUAAAAUUCGAGGAGGUAACUUUAAAGGACGAAGAGUAAGCUCAGCCACAGCUUUUCUGAAUAAAAUUCAGGAGCGGAAAAAUUUAUAUAUUUUAAAAAAUACAUUUGUUAAUAAAGUAAUAUUUGAAAACAAAGUAGCCAAGGGUGUCGAAGUUACCUUGCCUAAUAAUAAUGAAGCUAAACUGUUUACUAGUAAAGAUGUAAUAUUAAGCGCUGGAUCAGUGAAUACACCUGUUUUACUGAUGCUAUCAGGCAUUGGGCCCAAAAUACACUUAAAUACUUUAGGCAUCGAGGUUGUCUCUGAUUUACGUGUCGGAGAAAACCUACAAGAUCACGUCAGAAUUCCUAUACCUGUGACAAUUAAUAUGGGGGCUAAGGCAAAAAGUGAAACAUUUUGGUUGAACGCUGCUUUUCAAUAUUUAACAGAACAAAAGGGUCCACAUGCAACCAACUACGAUCAAGCAAAUAUAAAUGCAUUUCUAUCUGUUCCAGACGGUAAAACUCUUCCUGAUGUGCAAAUAGACCACAAUUAUUUUGUUCCAAACACAUCUUACGUAUAUUCAAUCUGCAGAACUAUAAUGUCGUUUAAUGAAGAUAUAUGUAAACAAUAUUCUAGAAUGAAUGCAGACGCCGAAUUGAUAAUUUUCUUUGUAUCUCUGUGUAAGCCUUAUUCCAGGGGAAAAAUUUUGUUACGCUCCAACGAUCCCAAAGAACAUCCAAAGAUUUAUUCAAAAUACUUCAGCCAUCCGAAAGAUAUGGACAUAUUUGUGAAAAGCUUAAAAAGAGUAAUGGAAAUUGUUGACACUGAUACUUUUAAAAAGGCAAACGCUGAGUUAAAGAGAAUAUACUUCAAAGAUUGUGAUAAUUAUGAUUUAGGCAGUAAUAGAUACUGGGAAUGUAUGGCCAGAACGCUAACAUACAAUGUUUAUCACCCAGUAGGUACUGCAAAGAUGGGGUCUAUUGCGGACUCUACCUCUGUCGUGGAUAGUAAUUUAAGAGUUAUAGGCGUCAGUGGACUGAGAGUGAUAGAUGCAAGCAUUAUGCCUACGAUUCCCAGUGUUAAUACCAACGCAGCAACCAUGAUGAUAGCUGAAAGAGGUUCUGACUUUAUAAAAGAGAAAUAUUUAAAGGUUAGCAGUAAGGACGAACUGUAA